AUGGGCGCAUGCAUGACAUUCGUCUUCUCGGCCAUGAUAGAAUUUACUGUCGUGAACUAUUGUACUCGUCGAAAACCACGAAAACGCCCAAAACCGACGACGGGUCUGUCAGAGCAAGUGCACAAUUUGAUUGCGCAGUACAAGGAGAAGAAAGCUGGCACAAAUACUUCUGUGUAUGAGUUGGUGGGUAAAUCGGUAUAA